UGGCUGUUCUGACCACCUCACCCUUUUCUUCUCCUUCUGCUAGUGUCCUACCCAAGCCUUCCAACCCUAAAAAUCUCCCAAGCUCUCAAAUCUUCUUUCAGCGAUCUGGUACAAGCUCUCUCUUUCUAUUCUCUCUCACUCUACUUGCUCUGUGCUGUGGACCAUUGAUACUCUCUCGCGAUCUUGUCAUUGUGCUUCGUGACUUAUUGACCAUCCGAUGGCUCAAGACAAGCUGGAUCUCCCCGACGAUCUCCUCUCGUUCAAACCGUCCGAUCAGUCUUGGACAUCCAAAGUCGAAGCUUCUCGAGGUAAUGAUGAGGAAAAGGUGGCAAUUGGAUUACUUGAUGAAUCAAAAGAUCAAGCAGCAUCAGAAAGCAGCAUUCCUCUCUCUCCCCAGUGGCUGUAUGCUAAAUCAAGUGAGACAAAGUUGGAAAUACGUGCACCAAGCUCUCUGUCCAUUGGAAAUUCUGUUGAUCUCAAUCAGAAGGAGGGUUGGCGUUCUGAGGGACCUGACGACAAGAAAGAUUGGAGAAAAGUUAUAACUGAGACUGAGAGUGGCCGUCGCUGGCGUGAAGAAGAAAGGGAAACUGGUUUACUUGGUAGACGUGAUCGCAGGAAAAUGGAUCGCCGUGCUGACAGUGGUCCAGGCAGAGAAACUACUGACAACAAGUCUUUGCCUGCUGCUGAUAGGUGGCAUGAUGUUAGCAAUCGGAGUUCUGGGCUUGAAAUGCGGCGCGAUAGCAAAUGGUCGUCUAGGUGGGGUCCUGAAGACAAGGAGAAGGAAACUCGGAUGGAGAAAAGGACAGAUGUAGAUAAGGAAGAUACCCCCAAUGACAAUCAAGCUUUUAUUGGUAGCAACCGUGCAGUUUCUGAGCGCGAGUCAGAUUCUCGUGAUAAAUGGAGGCCACGACAUAGAAUGGAGGGGAAUUCUGGUGGACCAGGUUCCUUCCGUGCUGCCCCUGGAUUUGGACUCGAGAGAGGACGUGUGGAGGGUUCAAAUGCGGGGUUUGCUUUAGGACGUGGCAGAUCUAGCUUAAAGCCUCCAUAUGCAGGUCCCAUUGGUGCUGCUCAUUUCAACAAGAAUGAAAGUGUCCCUGGGAAACCAAGCCUGCCAACUAAUACAUAUUUGUAUCCAAGGGGGAAGCUUCUUGACAUUUACCGGUUGCAAAAGCUGGAUCCUUCCUUUUUGGUCAUACCAGACAAUCUUGUGGAAGUUCCCCAUAUAACACAAGUAACCAUCAUUGAACCUUUAGCUUUUGUUGUUCCUGAUGCGGAAGAGGAGGCCAUCCUCGGCGACAUAUGGAAGGGAAAAAUCACCAGUAGUGGGGUGUUGUACAAUUCACUUAGAAAGGGCAGAUCAGCCGAUAAUGUUACAGACGUCGGAGACUUGGUACUCAACAAUGCAAAGGAAGGUGUGCUCUGCACCGUUGUUGAUGAGGAGAAAGUUGAUAUUCAAAAGAUUGCAAUUGAUAAUGCUCAUCAAGCUAAUGUUGAUAGCAUCUUGUGUAAUGAUGUUCAUAAGAUGUAUUUGGUUGAUGGGGAAGAGGUUAAUAUUGCUGGGGAACUAAAAGUUCCUGAGGCUUUGAUAGGGACGGACACAGAUGAAAUGACGUCGAAAAUAUCAAGAAGUAACAAUAUCAGCAUUGCCCAGGAGAGUGGUGGUGUCCACAAUUAUGCUUCAUCUCCUUUCGAAGUUGCAGAUUCUGCUUUCACCAAACACCCUCUGUUCGAUGCUGUUGAGUCUCUUCCUGCUUUUGAUACCAUCACCAAGCUUUCUGAUGAUUCACACUCUCUAUACAUUCCACCAUCUUCUGAGCAGUGUUGGACUGACAAUUUGCAUCCCUUGGAGAGGAAUAGCAAUGAAAAUCAGUUUGGGAGGGAUAUUCCACCUGAGGAGCUAAGUUUGUACUACUGUGAUCCUCAAGGGGAGAUGCAGGGACCAUUUCUUGGGGUUGACAUCAUUUCAUGGUUUGAACAAGGGUUUUUUGGGACAGAUUUGCCUGUCCGCUUGGCAGAUGCUCCAGAAGAAACACCCUUUCAACAUCUGGGUGAAGUCAUGCCACAUUUGACAGUUAGACAUGGAUAUGCCAGUAGCACUGAUUUCAGUUCUAGGGUAGAGCAGUCAAAAAAUUUGGAAGGCAAGUUGGAAGCUAAUUUACCCGCUUCGAUACCUGUUUCUGUCUCUGAAGUUAUUUAUUCAGCUGCACUGGAUGGUUGGCAGUCAUCUGAGUUUGAUGGUCCAUCUGCACAAAAUCUUCAAUCAAGAAUAUCUGAAGCCGAAGGUUCAUUGCAACUCCAAUCUUCUGUGGCUCAAACCUUUCGUGAUUUUGUCGUCCAAGAUGAAGAAAUUGUGUUUCCAGGAAGACCUAACAGUAGUGGCAAUGCUAUUGGAUUAACUUCUAGGGGUAUUAAUGACUCUGCUGCAAAUGUUAUUAGCCACCAUUCUCUCCCAAUUGAAGUGACAGAACCUGGCAUGCCAAGUCAGCAAGAUCAUAGGUUGCAUCCUUUCGGUUUGUUGUGGUCGGAGCUUGAAGGCACAUACUCAAGGAAUACUCAGUCAUCAAAUACUCCUUUUAGCAGUGGUGUUCAGAAUCAACUUUUGGACCCUAUAGCUGGAAGGAUUGCCCCAUAUGGUGUGAUGGCUGAUUCAGCUCAUGCUGCAGAGACGUGGCCUGAUACGUAUAGGAGAAAUGCACUCCUAGACUCAAACUUGUAUCAAGAUGCAGUGGAUGCUCACCAGUUGUCACACAUGAAUCAAGAAUCCAAACGUUUUGAUUUAGCCGAGAAACUCUUGUCCCAACAGUUGCAACAACAGCAUUUCCAGCCGCAUAAUCUCUUGUCUCCUCAUUCCCACUUGAAUGAAAUAUUGCUUGAACAAUUACAAGGUCAGAAUUCUGUUCACCAACAACAACUGGCCAGUCAGACAGAGCAAGAUCUGGAACAUUUUUUGGCACAACAACUGCAACAGCAGAGGCAACUUCAGCUUCAACAGCAUCAAUUGCAGCAACAGAAAAGGUUCCAUCAACAGCAAAUGCUAUUGAAGGAACAACAGUCUCAGGCUCAACAGGCGAUUCUUGAACAAUUGCUGCAGAGCCAAAUGUGUGAGCCUGGCCGUGGGCAAUCACAUGAUGCUAUUAGACCCAACAAUGCUCUUGAUGAGAUUCUAUUGAAGCAACGUGUUUUAAAUGAGCUACAACAGUAUUCCCACAAUCCUCCAAGGCAUGCCGAUCCAUCCCUUGAGCAUCUCUUCCAAGCGAAAUUUGGUCAAAUGCCACAACAUGGUCAUCAAAGUGAUUUAUUGGAACUCAUAUCACAUUCAAAGCAUGGCCACAUGCAGUCUUUGGAACAACAGAUCCUUCAGCAGGAACAGUUGCAUGCAAGGCAGUUGCCAAUGGGAUUGAGGCAUAGGAUGGAAAUGGAGGAAGAGAGACAAAUUGGUUCUGUCUGGCCCGUUGAUGAAACCAAUCAGUUUCUUAGAAGUCCUGCUGGUGCUCACCGAGCUAACACCGCUGGGUUCAGUCCAUUAGAUUUCUAUCAGCAGCAUCAGAGACCAUCUCCUCAGGAGCCUUUGAGUCAUCUUGAACGGAAUCUCUCAAUCCAGGAUAGACUCCAACGAGGUCUCUAUGACCCUGGCUUAGUGCCAUUUGAGCGCUCAAUGUCAUUAUCUGUAGGUUCUCCAGGAAUGAACCUGGAUGUUGUAAAUUCCAUGGCUCGUGCACAUGGUUUAGAUAUGCAGGAGCCAACUGCACGAAUCCAUCCUGCUGGUCAAGUGGGUGGGUUCACCUCUGGUGGCUACUCUCAUCCCUCUCGUCAUCCAUCCGUUUCCGACCAGUUUCAUGCCUCACAUUCGGAUGCAGUGGAGGGACUCUGGUCUGAGACCAGUGGACAGCCACCAAAUGACUGGAUGGAAUCUCGGAUUCAACAAUUGCAUCUUAAUAGUGAAAGGCAGAAAAGGGAGUCAGAAAUCAGAAGGACUUCUGAAGAUUCAAGUUUAUGGAUGUCGGCUGGAACAAAUGAUGACAGUUCAAAGAGGUUGCUUAUGGAACUGCUUCAUCAGAAAUCAGGCCAUCAGCCAGCUGAGCUGUUAGAUGUGACUAAUGGAGUAUCAUAUGAGAGAAGGGCACCUGCUGGUCCCUUCUAUGGGGCAAGCUCUUCAAAUCAUUCUUUUAGUGUUGUCUCAGAUGAAGAAGCAGGAGGUCUGAACCACUCAUUUGCUGUGGGAUCUUAUGGUUCUAAUUCAGUUGGACCAUCACAGGUUCAUCUUGGCAAUGAGAUGGCUAGUGGUUUGGAAAGCCGUGAAAGAUUGCCCCCUGGAUCUAAUUCUGGAGCAUCAUUUGAAGGAGACUCAUUCUUUUAUAGCAUUAAUGGAACCUCUCAGGCAACUUUUACGGACACCAAUGUUAUAGGCAAACCAUCUGUGGAACGAGAUUUCUUAGAUGUAGAUGGAACAGGGUUGGGAUUCAAGAAGGAAGGUGGUUUACUUAAGGGGCCAACUUUAGAUGCUCAAGAAGGCAUGGCUGAGCAGGCCGGUUUGAUUGCUGUAGACCGUGGGGAUAUGCCUGUUAAUGUUAAUAGCCGGCAUACUUCACUUGGCAUUGCUGGUGGGAAUGCAGACCUCUACAAUGACAAAAUUGGAAAUUCUUUUGCCAAAGAGAUUGCUAGGGACCGGGUGCCAGCACUCCAAUCUAAAAGGCUGGAGAAUGUUUUGCUGAAACGUCCACCUGUUUCACAUUCUUCAUCAUCCCAGGAAGGGUUAUCUGAGCUGGCCUCUGAUCCAGUCAUCAGAGGGAAAAAUAUUCCGAGUAUGGUAACUUCGGAAGGGGGAAGCAGGGCCACAGACGGAAAGUUGGCAAACCAAGUCCCUGAUAUUAUGGCACCUGGGAAGAAAGAUAUGCGUUUCAGACGAACCUCUUCUUUGGGUGAUACUGAUGUCUCAGAGACAUCCUUCAGUGACAUGCUUAAAAGCAAUGCCAAGAAGCCAGCACUGCCAGAGGCUCAAACUUCAACUGGAGGAGGUUCAGAGUUGUCAGAUGGAACACAAGGGGGUAAAAGUGGCAAGAAGAAAGGGAAGAAAGGGAGACAAAUUGAUCCAGCUCUUCUUGGGUUCAGGGUUACGAGCAAUCGGAUAAUGAUGGGUGAGAUUCAUCGCAUAGAUGAUUAAUGAAUCUUAAAUCGAAAUGUUCGUGUUAUCAUAGUUUCACAUCAGCUGUACAGCUUUUCAUUAGUGUGCAAGGCUUUUGGAGAUGAAAUAUUCCUUUUUUUUUUUAGGCCCCAUCCGCACCUCGUUUUAAUGGUGUAGGGGUCGUAGAGAGAGCUUGUUGCAGGAGUGUAGAAAUCAACCCCAAUUGGAGAGUUAAGGGGGUCAAAACUUGUAUAGACUGACAAUCUUUUUAUGAGGAUAUCAACCAAUGAAAAGUAUCACGU